CUAACUCAAGACAUUAUUUCAGAUAUUUAUUUAAUAAAACCGUAGUUUAUGAUUAUAAAAUUAACUUGGACUUUAUAUUAUGUCCCUCCCACUCGAAUGCAGUUUGAUAAAAAUGAGUCAAUGUGUUCGGAUCUGCCUGCUUCCCAGUAGCCUGCAGUAUGCAGUAGUUCUCAUUCGAUCGCAGAAGCUGAUCGUGAUAAGAGGUAUUCAAUUAAAAUUUUUUUAUCGAACACACCAUGGAAGGGGGCAAAGCAAUUUUGCAUAGUUCUGAUCUAACAUUCGAAUAUAUAUACGACGACGAAAAACACGUUUCAUACAUGCCGGACUCCAAAUUAAGUGUAGGUCUUCUAGAUCCGGAAACUUGCAUCAAGUGUCCGCGGUGUCAUAAGUCCAUUUUGUCCACCAAAGUUCUAAAAAGCUAGUGACGAAUGCAAAUAACCUUCAACAUACAUACAUUAUCUAUUACUAAACUUCAAUACU